AAGAUGUCUGGGUCAUACGGCUUUGCCAGCUGUCUGCAACUGUUCUCGCUCUAUUCGACCAUUGUAAGCGCUCAUAUGUCCUCCGUGUUCGGGUACGUGCCUAAUGCCGGAAUGGAAGCUAUAACACUGGACCGGGAGGUGGACUUCAUAUGGAGAAAGCGAUGGACCGUAUCCAAGACGUUGUUUAUCUAUAAUCGCUAUAUGGGCGCCUUCAUAUUGAUAGCUGAAGCAAUCCUAUUCAUGGACUCGCGAAGGCUACCACAUGACACGUACGUGAUAUUCAUGCAUCAAGAGUGUUCAUCAACGUUGCCUUGCCUGUGUCUGUAUCCUAGAUGCUUCACCCUCUUAAAGAUGCAAGCAUGGCUGAGCGCAUCUGUUGUAUGGUGUAUGCAGGCGAUCCUUAUCAUGCGCGUCUUCGCGCUGUACAAUAAUUCGCGGAGAAUAUUCUCGCUCAUCGCUGCCGGAUUCGUGCUGGAGGUUGGCGCCAUACUGAUACUCAAGCUGAAAUAUCAAGCACAUCAAGUCUCCACUGAACCGGUACCCGGCCUUCACAUAUGUACCCCCAUAAAUGUGCCUGAACUCUUCUGGACGUUCUGGGUUCCGAUUAUCAUAUUCGAGUUCCUUCUCAUGUUGUUCCCUCUUCGUAUGAGCUUCGACUACCUGAGACACAUGUUGUCCAUGCCUCGGGGAAAUGACCCUUGGAUCGGAGAAGUAUUACUGAAUAUCCUCAUCAGGGAUUCAUUGCUCUACUUUCUUGUUGUAACGCUUACCUAUCUCGCGAUAGCCAUCAUGUGGGCCAGGUUUCCAGCUAUAUGGAUUGAGAUCCCUGAGGGCUUCAGUGGCGCCAUGACCUGCAUCAUGGGAUCCAGGCUCACCCUAAACAUGCGCGAGGCUUUUUACAAGCCUUUUAGUACCGUUGGGCGACUGACCACCUUCAAGACACCGCCCGGGCUGAGUGAAUUCAGGGAUGCACUGGAAGACGCCGCGGGGCAUGCGUAUCCUCACAAACAAGGAACACAUUCCAUGGACGAUCCCACAGGCGUGAUUGGGGAUGUAGAGCUAGAGAACCGCUCACAGGAUCAUCUAGAGGUUCGAAUGUCUACCGCGGAUGAUCACAGCGACUUGGGCUGGAACCCGAUGACUUUCCGGCCGAAUGAGAGUCUAGAAAACAUACGCAGGAUGCGUCAACAGCCAUUUCAGCCUCCUACACCCUAG